AUGGCCCCUCCAAGAUGGGUGCAGAACCUUGGUGCACGCCUUAUCCUAGUUAUUCUAAAAUGGUCAUUUGGCAUGAGCGAUGAAUCAGAGGAUGAAUCGGAGGAUGAAAUCGAGGAUAUGAACGACGGACUUGGGGAAACCGAGAAAGGAAGCGGGAGUAAUCGAAAGCUUCCCAGCAACGCCACUGGUACCCUAACCCGCGAACAGACAGAAAAGCUUUUGGGGUUGAAACAAAUCCGUCACACUUGCCGUAUGGAUGGGGAACCGGACCCCUUCCGCUACCAAAACGAAGACCCUCGCUACCAACAGGAUCUUUCAGAGUUCCUUACUUUUCUCAGUAGGUCGUGUUCAUUGACCAAUUUAACCUAA